AUGUCAAAAAAAGAAGAAGCAAACCUGUGUUUGAAUCGGAAGAGCAGGUUUGUUCGACAUCAUUUGUUCUUCUUGUUCUUAGCAGUUAGCAACCUUUUCGAAUUCCAUCGGUUUUACGAUCUCCAGCGAAGGAUGGUGAUGCGUUGGUCUCCAAGGAAGAGCGGAGAAGUUUCUGGAAUGGCUAUGGAUCUCUGGACUUUGGGUGUUUUGAACGACAGUAGGAGUAAAGAACGACUUGAUCGGAGGACGAUUGGACGACCCAUUUGUUGGUUUGAACGAGCGUUUGGCUUGAACGAGAAGGACUUUUACCUUCAUGGGAUUUACAUGGACCAUGAACCAAAGAAUGAGUUUGUUAGCACCCUAGACAAGUGUAAGGACGCAUUCCUGAAUAUAUUACUUAAUGGUGCUAACCUACAAAGUGCAAGUAUGUCUAAUGAAAUGAGAGUACAAUUCUACCAUACUAAUGAUUGGGAAAGUGACAAAGAAGUUGAGGAAUUAGUAAAAAACGACCUACAAAGUUCAUGA